AUGACCUCAAUAGUUUAUCCAAAACUGGAACCAGAAAUGGAACCAGAAAUCUUGGACAGCAAAGUGAGAUGGGCCCUAGGAUGCCUUGCAGAUAACAAGGCUGCAAGAGUUGAUGAAAUCCCAAUUGAACUAUUCAAAAUUCUGCAAGAUGAUGCUGUGAAAAUUCUGCUUGCCUUAUGCCAGCAAAUUUGGAAAAUUCAACAGUGGCCAAAAGACUGGAAAAGGUCAAUCUACCCAAUCCCCAAAAAAGACAAUGCCAAAGAGUGCUCCAAUUAUCAAACAAUUGCACUAAUUUCACAUGCCAGAGAGGUAAUUCUUAAAAUCCUACAAGCUCAACUCAGACAAUAUAUGGACCGGGAAUUACCAGAUGUACAAGCUGGGUUCCGCAGAGGACGAGGCACAAGAGAUCAAAUUGCCAAUGUACGAUGGAUAAUAGAGAAUGCCAGAGAGUUCCAGAAAAACACCUACUUCUGCUUCAUGGACUAUUCUAAAGUCUUUGACUGUGUAGAUCACAAAAACAUGUGGCAAGUUCUUAAAGAGAUGGGAGUACCAGAUCAUCUCAUCCACCUCCUGAGUAAUCUGUAUGUGGACCAAGAAGCCACAGUCAGAAAUGAACAUGGGACAACAGAAGGGUUCGAGAUUGGGAAAGGAGUGCGACAAGGUUGUAUAUUGUCACCUUAUUUAUUCAACUUAUAUGCGGAAUACAUAAUGCGUAAGGCUGGACUGGAUGAAUUCAAAGCUGGAAUCAAUAUUGCUGGAAGAAAUAUCAACAACCUCAGAUACGCGGAUGGUACUACUCUGAUGGCUGAAAGUGAGGAAGAACUAAAGUACCUGUUGAUGAGGGUAAAAGAAGAGAGUGCAAAAGCUGGCUAG